CCAAAAUGGCGGCAGAUUUGAGCUCGAAUGGAUCGAAAAAACAACUUGGUUUAACAAUGGAAUAGUUAAGUGAUGUGAUCAGAGAUUGUCGACGAAAUCUUGUUUUUUUAAUGAUGAGGGUUGUUGCUUUAAUCAGGUGACUGUUUGACUUCCUCGGAGGGAAAAUAGAUAUACACUGUUGAUCGUACCAUUUUUUGUUGUUCGAAACACACGUGCACCAGAGCUUCACAGCUUCUUUGAUUUCUUCUUUACUAGCGGAGGAAAGGACAGCUGUUACAACAUGAUGCAGUGCGUUCAACAAGGUCACACUAUCGUUGCACUUGCUAAUCUGAAGCCAAGAGGGGAAGGUAUGUGUGAUUAAUAGAGAAGGGGAUUGUUAUGGAGUUUUCUCCGGAAAUUAUUUAAUUUUUUUCCCUUCAUAACAAACUUUGUAUUAAAUUUUGCGGGUGAAUAUGUUUUAAGAUUCGAAAGAGUGACCUAACCAUUGAAAACUGUCCAGUAACCCAUCCAGUCAUACGAACUGCUUCCCCUCCCUCCCCCCCCCCUUAGCAAUAGAAGAUAAUUUUUAAAGGGGUGGGGAAGUGGCUGUAUACAACCUAUUCUAGUCGGUUUUUUUACUUAAAUUUGGUAGCAUGAAGUGACUAGGAUUUUAGCUACUUGCCCUGGAUGAGAUGCCAAACCAUCUCAGGUAAUCCCCCUUCCCCCUAUUGGUAUCAAUUUAUACUCCUGGGGGAGGGGGGGUGGAGAAUGGAGAAAGGCACUGUGGGCAUAAAGUGUCUUGCCCAGGAGCACAACACUAUGAUCCAGACGGGGCUCAAACUCAGAGUCCUGGGCUUCAACCAUCCAGUCAGUGCAAUUACUUUGCAGAAUGUGAUUUUCUAUUUUCUUACUGUUAAAUUACGACAGUUGAUGAACUGGACAGCUAUAUGUACCAGACUGUGGGUCACAAUGCCAUAGACCUGUAUGCUGAGGCCAUGGACUUGCCUCUGUAUCGAGGGACAAUACAGGGAUCUUCAGUGGAUCAAGGAAAAGUGUAUACAGAAAACCAAGGAGAUGAAGUUGAAGACCUCUACAAACUUCUUAAGAAUAUCAAGGUAUUUUGUGCUGCCGGCUUGUACCAUUUUCUCUCUACAAUAUCAAUACAAUAUCAAACAGACAAGUGAUGAGAAUAAAGAAAUACAUCAAUUAGGGGAUUAUUAGUUGAUCCAAUACAAAAUUCUUAGAAUAAUUGUGAUAACAAUUGUAUGGAAAACAGUUAGGGGAAUUGCCAAUGAAAUCUCGAGAGUGAAAAGGUUGCCUUAAGUAGCAAAAUAAGAUACAAAUCAUUUCAACAAGCACCCAGUGCCUCAUGUGAUUUAUGCUUGUUUGUUUCAGUUCACAUUUUAUGUAAGCCAUGUCUUUUGUAAGUCAUCUCUUAUAUUCCCUACAUAUAUGGCUCUUGUUUGUUCCAAACACACUUGGCAUUCUUUGACUGUACCUGAAUAUGUUUCUUUUAGGAGAACAUUGAGUUUGAUGCAGUGUCUACAGGAGCUAUUUUGUCUGAUUAUCAACGAAUUAGAGUGGAACAUGUGUAAGACAGCAGAAUACAUUUUUAUUUUAAUCUCAUCCUUAAAUUAUUACAUAAAGUACAGGAAUGUUGCACUUGUAUGAAUGGUGAUUUUCUUGUUUUAAGUAUUGGAAUAAAAGGAGAUAUUAUCCAACUGCACAAAGUAGAGUGCAAAUAAUGUGCCAAUAUCCUGCAAUGUUGUACAGUUAUUUGGACAGUUGGUUAUUUUGCACUCUGUAAAAAAACCUGGUUAACCAGUUGGCUGCUCAUGCUAAACUUCUCUAUCUGCUUUGCUUUUCCUGCCUUAUGAGAAAUGAGCAAAAACUCAGCAGAAAAAAAAGUAUUUGGAUGGUAAAUAACUUAUUAGACGUUUUGGUGUGUAGUAUUGCUGUGUAUUUUUACUUGUUGUUUGUAUUUUGACUACUUUCAUUUUGUAUUGUAAAAGAAUGUUGGGUUCAUUUUUCUUGUGAGUUAGCAUGAAUACUGAGGAUGAUUCCCAUCUUAUUUUUAAAACUGCUAGUAACCAUAAUUUUAGAAUUAGCUAGUUAAUCUUUUAUGAGGAUUAUAGCAAUUCAAUAAAUGCUAAGACACAGCUUACCCAUAAUGGGUCUUUUUGAGAUAUUUGUUUUAAUUUUUGAUCUUUAGCUGCUCCAGACUGGGAUUAUCCUCACUAGCUUAUCUUUGGCAACGUGAUCAAACAGAGUUGCUUGGUGAAAUGAUUUCCUCUGGAGUUGAAGCCAUUCUAAUAAAAGUAGCUGCAAUGGGUAUUCACACUUGUCUGUAAUUUACAUUCAUGUCUCUGUAGCUGAGUGAAUACAGCUUAUUUUGUAUACAGAACAGGGACACAAAAAUCUCAGGCAGGAUUUUGACCUAGCUGCGAACAAGACCUCUCAGCUAUUCUUUCAUCUCAGGGGAACCUUAUAUACAAAAUUUAUACUUCUUGACUGAAAAUUAUUUUAAAAUACUUUGAAAAUGAGGACUUACAAGAGAGUCAAUGUUUUCCCUUUACUUUCUUAAAAACUUUUGGCAAGCAUGUUUUCCAGUCCACAACUGAGUUGAAAAUGUAAAUUGGCCACUGUAAAGAGUUUAAAGGUUGACAUUUCAAGUGCUAGCCCUUUGUCAGAGCAAUUAGCCCUUUGCUCUGGCAAAGUUCUAAUGCUUGAAAUGUCAGCCUUUAAACUCUUUAUGGUGGCCAAUCUACAUUUUUAACUUUGUUAACACUAAAUCAGCUGUUAUACUCUCCUACCAAUGCAGCAUCACAGUUUUUUUUUAGAAACUUACCCCAUUUAUUCAUAUUUGCCAGUCCAUCCUUGUUACCACCACCAAACAUGGAAUUCCAGUUAUACAAGAGGCAAAGUGCAAUCACUCUCAGUAUUAGAUCGUCAUGAACCUUUUCUCUUUUUCACCAGUCCUUCUUUGUUAAAAUGUUGUUUUUUAAUGGCUGUUUAUAGAUCUAAGUCCAAAGAGACAUUUGGGACUGCCCAUAGCAGAUGUGUAUUCUCUAAUGUGUAAGCUGGUAAGGAAAAGAAUAAUCAGAUGAAUUUAGUACAUGAUGCAUAUAGCUUUUAUUACUUUGUUAUCAUAGUUCUUACAGAGAAGUGAUCAUCCUGGAUUGAAAAAAAGAUGUCAGCUUACAGGCCAAAGAAACCAUCCAGCCAAAGCUGAUACUUAAACUUUCAAUAUUUGAUUAAUUUUGUCACUCUCCUUACUGACUGCUACACUUUUCUCUUUAAAUUGCCAAAGAGAAUUUAAAUUUUCAGUCUUUUGUUCUCUCCGUACAACUUGUCUUGACUAGCUUUUGCUAUAUGCAAAUUGUAUCUGAACUGUAUUUGUAACUGUGAACAUAGAGUUUAUGGUCUAUUAGGGUAACACCCUCCAGCUAACGAGCUUGUCUGUUUUCAUAAACCAAUUAUAAGAUAACAUUGGAAUUGCAUGGAGAAGUUAGACAUUGAUCAUGUAUGGGAGGUGAAUAGGCUCAAUUUCUGUUGCUUUCGCAUGUCCAGUCUUCCCUGAGUUUGGGGGAGGAGUGCAGGCUCUUUUUCCUGAACAGCAGCUGGUAAUCCAGCUUAGGAGUUGAAGAGGUUAUAAUAUCCCAGUUUCAUUAGUGCAAAACAACUACCUGUAGGAGUAUUGAAACUCUGCUCAGGAUGAGAUGUCAGGCAUACUGCUCAUUUGUGAGAGAUACCAUUUCAUACUGAAAAACAAUUUUGUAUCCAUGCAACAUCCUUUGUACAUCAUAUUUUUUUUACAUCUGAUUCACUAGAAAGACAAAUAUGGCUCAAAUGUUUGUGGGGAAGGAGGAGAAUAUGAAACUUUUACUUUGGAUUGUCCUUUGUUCAAGAAGAAAAUUGUCAUGUGAGUUAUAUUUUGAUUGAAUAUCAAGUUAACUACAAAACUUAACCCCCUUCUCUAGAGGCACAAGGUGGUUUUCCAUAUAGAAACUAUCCCUUCUCUCAAGGUUUGAUUUUUUAAAAUUUACUGAGAGUGCAAAAAAAAUUGUAGUUAAUUAAAUUCUUCUGAAGAGUUGCUAUUGUAAAUAAGGGUUAGUGAAUGUUUUAAUUAAUAAUUGGUUUAAAAACCUACACAUAAUAUGGGGAAAAAUGCAAUGCACUCUGUCUUAAUAGCUUAUAAAAGAGUCAUAUGUCUUUUCUUUUUAUCACAAGAGAUGAAAGUGAAAGUGUCAUUCAUUCAGAUGAUGCCUUUGCUCCUGUGGGCUUUCUUCGCUUCAAGAAAAUGCAUGUGGAGGAUAAAGAACUUGAUAAGGUACAGGAAAGUGAAAUCCUAAUUGUGAUAAACAUGUAACUUCUCCUAACAAUGCCCACGCAUUUUACAACAAACAAGUGUUGAGAAUGUAUAGAAUUAUCAGCUGAAUGGUUUUUUCUCAAUAGGACAGUUGUUAUUCAGUGAAUUAGCUUUUAAUUUUAGUUUUUAAAUUAAAGUAAAUGAAAUAAUUAAUAUACAUGUAGCAGGAUGUUCAUCAACUACUGAAGCUUAGAUAAUUCUCGAUUUUCCAAUUCUCCUUGCUGCAUUAGAACUAUGUUUGGAUCAAUAUCAGUAUCUAGGUAACUGCCCACCUACCCCUCCCCUAACCCAACAUUAACCUAACUUGUUAUCAAUUGACUGUUGUUGAGUUAGGGGAGGGGUAGGUGGGCAGUUGCCCAGAUACUGAUAUUGAUCCCUAUCUUUUAACCCUGUGAACCUAUGAGUGACAAACAUCUAAUUUCUUCUUACAAUAUAAAUCCCAAAUCACACAUCUAAGUUAUGAGAAUCAAGGAAAUGAUCACCAACAAAAGAAGCUCCUGUGAAUGACUGUGAAACAAAUUCUCCUUGUCAGCAUCUAAGGAAAUGUAUUGAGAACAGUAUGGAGAAUAUGCAUACUGAUGUUAGGAUGUAAAGGGUUUAUCAGAGAUAAAAAUAAAUUAUCUUCUUACUUUACACUUCUAUUCCUCUGCUUUUACAUAUCUUCUUGAAAAUGUUGAAAUUGAAGAUAUAUCAUAGAGCUCGAGGUCAAAGCCGAUCACAAGGAGUCAGUUGCAGCACUAAUUUCACAGUGACUGAGUAUCCUCCCUAAUCAAAUUUUUUUAAAUCCUGGCCAUCUUUUCCAGGUUAAUUCAGAGCUGUGCCUGGAAAACCACAAAUGUGGGGAAUCAUGUGACAAGUUGGAAGUACUGGUAAUGAUGUUUUUCAACUUCCUUUUCAGAGCAAUGAUCAUUAGUAUUAAUUUUAUGGAAGAGGCAAAUAAAAAAACAAAAAUGGUUUAUUAGUGGGUGGCUCCUGUCAUCGCCACAAUUAUAAUAUUGCAUAAAUUAAAUUCACAUAAUGUUAUAUAAUUUUUUUUCAGUAAACUGCAUAACUGUUGAUAGGUUUUUCUAUUUUUUUUGUUGUUGACAAUUUCACCAUAAGAUAUUUGCCCUGCCCCACAAUACAUGACAAAACACUGGGCUAUUACAAUUCACCAUCCAGCUGUAUGUACAAUGUCUGAUACUAUUAAUAAUUAUAUUUCAUAGAUAAACCUUCUUAUGACACAUUUUACAAAUUAAAUGAACUCAAAGGUAGAUGAUAGCCUGCAAACAUUAUCUGAUGCAAACAUCAUUUGCUCUGACAAAGGGCUAACACUCAAAAGCUCAGCUUUGAAACUCUAUGGUGGCCAAUUAAGUUAACAACUCAGUUGAUAAAACCAAAAUUAUCAUAUCAUCUGAAUAAGUUCACACUAUGAGCUCACUAGAUGAUGCUUGUAAGGAUAUACUUAUUUUAACAAUAGCAGCAGGAACUUCUUAGUAAGAGCUCUUUUUCUUAAUUUUUCAUUGUGCAGCUGUCAUUUAUAAUUCUCUGAAUCAUAAUGAUUAUUUUUGUUAGCCAGACAACACAACAGAUAGAAAAGAAAAGGGAAUUGUGGAGAGAAGGCUGAAUAUAAAGAUUCUCACGAGUCAACCAGAGUUAAGAAAGGAACUUCAAGGUAGAAUUUAACUUUGAUUUAAGGUCAUGUGUUAGUUCAUUACGAUUGCGAGUAUUGAUAGUUCAUUUGAAGGGUUUCCUAGAAUAGAUCGUAAGCCUUUCAACCUUUAAAAGUGACUGCCUUUUGUCUUAUUUCUCCUCACAAUAUUGCCCUUGAAUCAAACAAAAAGGUCAUGGGAAUUACAGAAAUGACCUGAAGAAGCUCUUGAUUGCUAAACAAAUUCUCAUUUACAGUACCAUAAGAAAUGUAUGGAGAACAGUUUUGAGAAUAUCCCCACUGAUGUGGGGCUGUAAAAAGUCAAAAGGUGACUUUUGAUGCAUCAUCAACUCCAUGGGUUGCAGAUCUGAAUAAAUGUUAGUGGCAUUUGGAAGGAGAAUGUAGCAAUCUACACUAUAUGCAUGUGGAGCUUUCUUCCAUGCACCUUAUUAUUUACAGUUAUGGUUGAAACAGUUACCUGGUUAGACACUUGUCUCAUUUUAUUCAUCAGGUAGAAUCCUCUUUAGCAGAUGUGGUGACUAUAUUUGGCUUUCUGGGAUAUAUGGCCAUUGCACUGUUGAAGGGGAAAAGUUGGCAAUUGAAGAUGUAACAAGAAAUGUGUUCCAGAGUUUACAAGGUGAGAUUUUUCAGUUAACCAGGCAACUGGGUGUUCCCAAGCAGCUCAGGUUGUUUCGAUAUGAUUUUUGUCUUAAGGUGGCUUAGCCAGCUCUGAUACAGCUGGGAUAUGAAUGCUAUGUUUGCUGAGAGCUUGGAAUACUUGUUGAAGUAGUGUUACAAGAGCUGUAAAUUACAGAGUGUGACUUUCUUUUAACAUCAACAAGAUACCUGGAGGUGUUGAUGUGGGAUGCAUUGGUCUUUACCAGCAGUCACUCUGGUUAAACGCAGAAAAUAAUAAAUGUAUUUUAAGUUGACUCAUUAUCAGCUUCCUAAGCCAACCUUUUUUUGGCUUGUCAUGCAAGCUUUUCUUAGUACACAUGACCAUUGAAAUGCUAACUUGUCUCCUUUGUAGAUACACUUUCAAGUUUGAAGGCAUCCUUGUCUGAUGGAAUGAUGGUUCACCUAUUUGUGAAGAACAUGGAUGACUUUGCCAAAGUCAAUUCUGUUUACAAGAGGUUUUUAUCAGUGAACCCUCCUGCAAGGUAAUUUCCAUCAAAUUGUCUCGUAAAGGAAUAUGACCAAAUGUAAGUGCUGGUUUCUGGAAGAACUUUCUUUAAGUGUCAACAACAAUUUGGAAUGGCUUUUGGUUCUGCUUGACUAUGCUCUGUGAUUAAUUCAGGGAACUAGCUCUAUUUUCCAACCAAUACAAUUCAAAACUUGAUCAAAUCAGAACUAGGGUCAAUCACAUUUCCCAGCAGUCUAAGGAGUCAGCUAUUGUAAGUUUUUCCCAUAAAUCUGUACUUUGAGUUCUCAUUGGUUCCUUGUGAUAUUUUCCUUUGCUCUGAUUGGCUGUUGUGAUCACUUUGGUUUUGGCUUUCUCAUGCUAUCCCAUAACCCCCUUGUGUAUGACUGACACAUUUGUGCUUCUUUAUAUGAUGGGAUACUUGACUGACAAAACAUUAAACUGCAUUAUGGGUUACAUGGCUGUGUAAUUUUGUAAAAUGAACAAUUUUUUAAAUUUGUUAAUGUGGCAGAAAAAUCAUGCCCAGGUAAAACUGAUCUUAUUUUUUUUUUUUUUUUUUAUAUUUUUUGUUCAUGCAAUCUGCCAUAAGGUAGUAACUAAUUGAUGAUUGCUGAAUCUGAUAAGGGAAAUACUGAAAUCAAGCAUUGAAGUAAUUGUAAUUCCAGACCAUUUACUGUUUUAAAGGGCUUGUAUUCAGCUUAACUUACCAGAGGAUGUUGCCAUUCAAGUUGAUUGCCUUGUAUUUGCUGCUGAAGGUGCUAACAAUUCACUGCGAGAAGCUAUGCAUGUUCAGAGCAUUUCUCACUGGGCGCCAGCAAAUAUUGGACCUUACAGCCAGGCAACAAAGGUAAUUAUAUUAAAGCUAUAAGGUAAGAUUUUCGUUAUUAGUCACCGGGGAGAUGCAGUGGCCCGCUGAGGGGUCAAUAACAGUGCUCCUGAUUAUAAAGCCUGAGUCAAAGCACACAAGGAACAUAAUCUGUGUAGCCCCUUGAAUACUUGAAUUUAGAGGAAAAUAUAAGGGACGAUCGAAAAGCUUCCUGCUAUGGCACUAAAUUGCAGUGAUUAUUCUUACCUAUCAUUGCUAACAAUUAGCACACUUUUACCUGAAUUGUUUUAUAUUGACAUUCCUGUGCUUACAGAUUUUAACUAUUAACAGCACUUUGCAUUCAGAUCAGUGUCCAUUGCCAAACUUUCCCUGAGCACUUGAUGUUAUUUAUUGCAAUUUAGGAUGAGAAUAAGAUUUUUUAUAUACACAUACGUUUUCUCUAAAUUUGAAUUUUUAAGCAUUCACACUGUUUGUGUGGCCUUCCUGUGGUUGGAACCAUGGAUGGGGUAAUUUCCAGGUAUCCCUGAUGAGCAAUAAGCUUUUCCUGUAGACUUGAUUUUGCAACCAUUUGCACUUUAACAUUAAUAAGCAUAUUUUCCAUGCUGUUCUUGGUUAGGAGAAUUUGUUUGACAAUCAAGAGCCUCUUUAAUGAAUUUGGGAUCAUUUCCUUUAUUUCCAUGACCUUAAUGUGUGACUCAGGAGUAAUGACACUGUAAAGAGAAUUUUGUUAACAGUCACUUUCUAUUCUGCAGGUCAGAGACACCAUAUUUGUCUCUGGUUCCAUUGGUUUAUGGCCAUCAGCAAUGACAAUGGUGUCUGGUGGUAUCUUGAGGGAGGCACCACUGUCUCUUCAACAUGUUGAUAAAAUCUUAACAGCACUGAAUGUGGUAGAAUCACUACAAAGUGUUGUGCAUGGAUUUUGUUUUCUAACAUCAUCUGUUUCUGUGCCAGUUGCAAAGAAGGCUUGGAGCUGUGCAUUGAAAGACAAGGUAACAGGUAGACAGGUAACAGCGUCUAAUGUUGUGGUAAAAACAAUACGAAAAUCCUCUCGGGGACAAUUUAAGGGUGGCUGCCAUGGAUCUAUUGACACAGUUUAUCUUAGGCUAAUAUUUGUGGCAUAAAGGAACUAUGAUUAUUGUUACUCCAAAAUAUAGAUUAAGAGGUUUGAGGUUUGAGUAGUGUUCUCCUAACAUGACACGGUUGUUUGAACAUACUCUUAACUGAUCCUGUACCUUUUUUAAAAUUGAUAAAUUGUUUGUUAACAGUGUGAGAACAGUAAGACAGAAAAAGGAUCACCAACAGGAUUAAUGUCAUAUAUCAUUGUGCCUGCAUUACCCAAAGGAGCCUUGAUUGAAUGGCAUGUUGUAGCACAGGAAAGUGAUUUCCAGCAUUUGUGUAAGUUUGGAAAUCAAUGUGUUUUUGGAGCAAACCUAAUAUGCACUCUUAUUCAUUAGGUAUAAUUCAGUGUUACAUGCUUAGACCAGAUUUAAUAUUUAAGGACAUGCAGGGGAAGUUGAAUAGCAUUAAAUAACUUGAAGCAGUGUGCUUGCUUGGUUAGAGUACUAGGCUUGAAAUGUGGGUUCAGUGUAGGUUGGGGUUCAAUUGGAAUCCAAUUGGAUCUUUUAAACACUUUUUUUAUUUAUUUAUUUAUUUAUUCAAUUAAGUUCAGCAUUCUGUGCAUUUUAAAAUGUUUUAACACAUUUCAGGCGACAGACAGGCACACAACAUUUAUCAAUAACUGAUUCAUUGUAUUUUCACACCAAUAUAACUCAUCAGAUAACUCAACGUCAGCUGAUAGGGGGAGUUUCAGUGUUGUUGUAAAAAGCAUUGCUGUCAAAGGAAACAUCAACAGCAGCUUUGCCGCUAACAUAGCAGUUGGUAAGUAAGUUUGCAAUUCUGCUGUGCUGGGCUGUCCCCAUUUACACAACUGAUUGUAAAAAUUCUGGUCAUAAAAAGGUAUUUCUGUUUGACUUGGGAUGUUGAUUCUUUAGUUGCUCCAUUCUCAAGUUACUGGAGGGUACACAAUAGUGAAAGAUUCCUUCAGGUUGUAGAAUGAAGCAUCUUUUUACUCCAUCUGAGUGAGUUCUCAGUUAAUAACAAGUGACAUUCCAGGAAAUGUAACAGCAGAAGAAUACUUACUGUAUAAAGUAACAAGAAAAAACGUUUAUGAUGGCUCCAUGUCUAAAUAUAACAUAACUCUGGUUACCCAAAUCUGACCGAGAAUUCUGCUUAAUAGCUGGAGAAUUCUCCUGUCUCCGAUGCCAAGUCAACAACCUUUGUUACAAAUUUUCCUUUGCACAUUUCAGAGAGUACAUCAGCUGAUUUUACCCUUGAGGAAGUCAUGGUGACAUUUGUUAAUGAGUUAAAAUGCUGCACCUCACAACACGACUUCAGCCUUUCUCAUCUGAUGUACUUGAGAAUAUUUUAUGUCAAAGGUGUUAUGGACCAUUGGAAUGCACAGGACUUAAUUCAUAGGAGUUUAGAGAGGACUGCAGUUUUGGUUCCUGCCUUUUCUCUGAUACCUGUGGAUGCUCUUGAAAAGGAAAACACGGUGAUGCUUUUCUGUUAUUUCCUACAGAAAGCAGAAAAUGGAUCUCUUGCGGACUGACUGGAGGCUAAAUUCAGUUGUAAAUCAAAAGAAAGGGUACCAGAGGUCCAAACCCCACCCCUCCCUUUACCAGUGGAUUUUUUAACAAAUUGUCACCUGACCCCAAAAUUCUUGCAACAAUUGCCGCAUUAGGGUAUGUAUCUCGCACCAAUCAUUUCAUAGUAUUUAAAUAUCCUGCACCAAUCACGGCGUUUGGGUACUGUUUUCUUGUAAGUGAUGUCAUGGAUCACGGG